UUACUGUACGUCGUGAAUUUUGUUUUUGAAUCUAUUUCCGCGUUUGUCACGUGACUCUUGCCUCCGCUCAUGACAACAUGUGGCGAUCCUCGUAGCCUAGUCCCAGAUGCGGAAGUACACAAACCACUAACCUAAUGAGCAGUCCCGGAAAAUAUCUCACAGCUCUUGAAACAGCUAGUUCUUCUUUUGUGAUCAGAAGUGGAAUCCGCCUGUCACGUCAUUGUAAUCGUGUUUAAUCGCCAGGUGAAGGCGCGUCACUGUCUUCACCUCCACAGCCUGGCCGCCACACACGGAGGAGGCAGCAGGUCUGUUUCUGCACCAUCAUCGGUGAAAACACAACAGCUGGCCGAGCGUCAUGAGUCAGCGGACAGAGCGACGGCGGGGGAUCCAUGUGGACCAAUCAGACCUGCUGUGCAAAAAGGGAUGCGGUUACUACGGCAACGCAGCAUGGCAGGGUUUGUGCUCCAAGUGCUGGAGGGAGGAGUACCAGCGGGUACGACAGAAGCAGAUCCAGGACGACUGGGCCUUGGCUGAGAAGUUGCAACGAGAGGAGGAGGCAGCGUAUGCCAGUAGUCAGGGAGCGCAGACCCAGUCCCACUCCCAGUCCACUCCACCCCAGACAGGACAUGCGUCUCUGGGGCCUUUUUCCAAGUUUGAGGAGAAGAAGACUAAUGAGAAGACACGGAAAGUAACCACUGUUAAAAAGUUUUUCAGCCCGUCGUCACGUACUCCUCCCAAGAAAGAAACUCAGGAGGCCAAGACACCCAGUCCUUCCGUCAGCCGUCACGCCAGCUUCGAAACAGAACAAGUGUCCAAGGACUUUGUGGACUUCCUGAAAAAUCUUCAGAAGCCUGGUCGGGAGAUCCACAAGCAGUGCCGAGCGUUCAUCGUAAACAUGUCCAGCAAGAAGGAACUUGGUGCCGAUGAACUGUCAGAGUGUGUCCAAGAUUUCUACCAGAACAUGUCUGAUCGACUGAUGAGUCAUUUUAAAGGUUCUUCGGACUCUGUGGAGCAGGUGAUGGAUCAAGUGGAAAAAUACAUUAUGACUCGUCUGUAUAAGAGCGUGUUCUGCCCAGAAAUCACCGAUGAUGAGAAGAAGGACUUGGCCACACAGGACAGGAUAAGGGCCCUACACUGGGUGACCAUCCAGAUGCUGUGUGUGUCUAUGGAUGAAGAAAUCCCUGAAGUCUCUGAUAAUGUGCUCAAAGCAAUAACAAAUAUUAUUGAGAUGGACUCGAAGAGGGUUCCUCGGGACAAACUUGCCUGCAUCACGCGCUGCAGCAAACACAUCUUCAGUGCCAUCAGGAUCACCAAGAAGGAGCCGGCUUCUGCUGACGACUUCCUCCCGUCGCUCAUUUACAUUGUGCUCAAGGCUAACCCUCCACGAAUCCAGUCCAACAUCCAGUACAUCACCCGGUUCUGCAACCCCAGCAGACUGAUGACCGGAGAGGACGGAUACUACUUCACCAACCUGUGCUGUGCAGUGGCCUUCAUAGAAAAGCUGGACGCCCAGUCUCUCAACCUGUCUGCAGAGGAGUUUGAGCGCUACAUGUCAGGCCAAGCUUCACCACGAAUCAGCAGCUCGGAGGCAGACUGGCCCCACGCUGGCCCCACGCCUGCCGUGACGGCCACCAACCCCGUGCUGACUCAGCUCAACCACAACCUGGAGCUGUUGUCGGGCCUCAGCAGUCGGCAGGAGUCGCUGAUGGCGGCCGCGCGGAGCCUGCAGGCCGACCUCCAGGCGUGGCCGGAGCGGGUGCAGAGGGAGGUGCACAGUAUCCUGGAAAAGUACCCACUGGAGGUGAUGUCAUGCACAGCGUCUGCCAUUGAUGCCAACAACAUGGACAAUGACAACCUGCCAUCACCCCUCACGCCUCAGGUGUUUGCCGGGUAGUGGAGUCUACGAAGGGAGGAGAAACACGUCAAACCCAGCCGCGGCACUCCUGCUUUUAAAAGUCAGCCUGUAUCUGUGUCUUGAGCUCGGUGGUAACGUACUAAACGCACAAAUCUCACCUGUCUUACUGCACCUUAAAGGUCCAGGUCACUAAAUUUUGUGCACAUUGCUGCACACUCCAUUAUCCUGAGCCUCCACAUCAACCCCACAACAGAACAGAAAUGUAGUAGUAGCAAUAUAUGUUCAAUACAACAGUCACUGAGUGAAUUCUCAUUUAUCCAGUCAAGUGCUUUUAUUUAU